UGAACUAGCAUGCCUGCUGGUCAACAUUAGCUGAAAGCUAACCAGCAGUCAGAAGAACCCUGACAGGAAAGUGAAAACAGCAGAGUAAAACACUGAACACAGCAGAGGUCAGAUGGCGGACGUGAAAGUGAAGAAGGAGACGAACCUGUCGGAACCGGCGGAGGUCGAGAACAGGAUCAAAGAGCUGUGUCAGCAGUUUCCUCACGGUAUCACGGAUCAGGUGAUCCAGAACGACAUGCCUCACCUGGAGCCUCAGCAGAGAGCCAUGGCCAUCAACAAGCUGCUGUCACUGGGUCAGCUGGACCUGCUGAGGAACAGCUCGGGUCUCUUGUACAGGAUGAAGGACAUACAGAGCACCAGUAAGAUGAAAGGUUCAGACAACCAGGAGAAGCUCGUCUAUCAGAUCAUCGAGGACGCAGGAAACAAAGGAAUCUGGAGCAGAGACAUCCGCUUCAAGAGCAACCUUCCUCUGACGGAGAUCAACAAGAUCCUGAAGAGCCUGGAGAGCAAGAAACUGAUCAAAGCCGUCAAAUCUGUGGCUGCGUCCAAGAAGAAGGUGUACAUGUUGUACAACCUGCAGCCAGAUCGCUCGGUGACGGGCGGCGCCUGGUACAGCGACCAGGACUUUGAGUCCGAGUUUGUUGAAGUUCUGAACCAGCAGUGCUUCAAGUUCCUGCAGAGCAAGGCUGAAGCAGCGAGGGACAGUAAGCAGAGUCCGAUGGUUCAGAGGAACAGCUCCUUCGCCACCUCACAUGAAGUCUGGAAGUACAUCUGUGAGCUGGGAAUCAGCAAGGUGGACCUGUCGAUGGACGACAUCGAGACCAUCCUGAACACGCUCAUCUACGACGGGAAGGUGGAGAUGACCGUCAUCGCCGCCAAGGAGGGGACGGUGGGCAGCGUGGAUGGACAGAUGAAGCUUUACCGCGGCGUCAACCCCGUCAUCCAGCCAACCGGGCUCGUCAGGACGCCCUGCGGACUGUGCCCGGUGUUUGACGACUGUCACGAUGGAGGAGAAAUCUCUCCAUCCAACUGCAUCUACAUGACAGAGUGGUUGGACUUCUGACAGCAGCUCGUCAUCUGAUGAAAACUGUAUUUUGAUCCGUGUUGUUUAUUUUGUAUUUAUCACAAAGUUCAAUAAAAGUCCGAUGUGAAGAGA